CUGGCGGGAGGAGACGGUACCGAAAGCGUGAAAUCGAACUUCGGGGACAUCCAAUCGAGUGGGAGCCUGCCUGGGCAGCGUCAUCGUGCAGAUUCAGAAAGCAGUGAACAAUGGCUGCAAGUGCUUCCGGCCGCCAAGCCUGGCGCCAACUGGUGCGCAACAGCAGCUGCCGCGGGUCAGCUGCGACACCUUCGAACCUGCUGCGACAGCAACAACAACAGCGCCAAUUCGCGUUCCCACGACAUGCUUCUUCUUUCUCUCGCCACCCCGUGACCCCGCCGCCGUCCUCGCUCCUCCGCCAGCAGCCGCUCGCGCAACGGUCGUACAGCUCCGGGUCGCAAGGAGGCGGGCAGAACACCCCACCACCACCGAGGGGUAGCAAGAGCCAAAUCAAGUUUUGGCCCUUCUUGCUUAUCAUCGCACUGGGCUCUGGCGGUUACAUGUUGUUGGUCAACAGGCGGAAAGACAUGCCGCGGACCAAGCCGACUCCCGCCUUCUCCCCCUCCGAGGUCACCGUCCUCUUCGUGCUGGGCGGCCCCGGCGCCGGCAAGGGCACGCAGUGCGCCCGCCUCGUGCGCGACUACCACUUCGCGCACCUGUCGGCCGGCGACCUGCUGCGGGCGGAGCAGGACCGGCCGGGCAGCCAGUACGGGCAGCUGAUCCGGGACUGCAUCAAGAACGGCGAGAUCGUGCCGAUGGAGGUGACGGUGGCGCUGCUGGAGAACGCGAUGCGGGACACGAUCGCGCGCACGGGCACCAAGAAGUUCCUCAUCGACGGCUUCCCGCGCAAGAUGGACCAGGCGCUCAAGUUCGAGGAGGUCGUGUGCCCGGCCCGGCUGGUGCUCUUCUACGACUGCCCCGAGGCCGAGAUGGAGCGCCGCCUGCUCGAGCGCGGCAAGACCAGCGGCCGCGCCGACGACAACGCCGAGAGCAUCCGCAAGCGCUUCCGCACCUUCGUCGACACCAGCAUGCCCGUCGUCCACCACUACGAGGCCGAGGGCCGCGUCGUCAAGGUCGACUCCACCCCGCCGCCGGACAAGGUCUACGCCGACACGCAGGAGAAGCUCCGGCAGGCGCUGGGCGACAAGUUCUGA